AAGUAAAGGCGCUUUGCCUCUAAAUAGAGCAGGCAGAUCCACGUCCACAUCUGUUUCUGGUUACUGAACACAAGACCAUUCACUUAAACUCCGCUACACUGCCAAACCAGCCAUCAUGGUGUCCCACAAGGAGUUUGAAACAGCGGGGAAGAAGCCAGGGCUCCAGGCUUGGCGUAUUGAGAACAUGGACCUGAAGCCUGUCCCCAAGGCCCUGAUUGGCAACUUCUUCACAGGGGAUGCCUACGUGCUCCUCUACACCACGCCAGCCCCUUCUCAUUACAUACACAUGUGGUUGGGGGAUGAGUGCUCUCAGGAUGAGAGUGGAGCAGCAGCAAUCUUUGCCACCCAACUGGAUGAUUUCCUGGGUGGGGGGCCGGUCCAGUUCAGAGAGGUCCAGAACAACGAGUCUCUUACCUUCCAAGGCUACUUCAAGUCUGGCAUCAAGUACCAGCAAGGAGGCGUGGCAUCCGGCUUCCAUCACGUCGUGACCAAUGACGCUAAUGUGAAGCGCUUGUUGCACAUCAAGGGAAGGCGGACCAUUCGAGCCACGGAGGUGGCCUUUUCCUGGGCCAGCUUCAACCAGGGAGACUGCUUCAUCGUGGACCUGGGAAAGGAUAUCUACCAGUGGUGUGGCAGUGAGUGCAAUCGCUUUGAACUUGUGAAGGCCUCCCAGGUGGCCAUUGACAUCCGGGACAACGAGAGGAAUGGCAGGGCCACCAUCCAGAUGGUGGAGGAAGGGGCGGAGCCACAGGCGCUCAUCGAUGCACUGGGCCCCAAACCCAGCAUUCCCCCUGGCACUCCUGACGAUGACAAGGUGGACAUCUCCAACAAGAAGAAGGCUUCCCUGUACAUGAUUUCCGAUGCAUCGGGCUCUAUGAAGUCGACCAUUGUGGCUGAGUCCAGCCCCUUCAAACAGGCCAUGCUGAACCUGGAGGAGUGCUACAUCCUGGACAAUGGAGUGGACCAGAAUCUCUUUGUGUGGAAAGGGCCCAAGGCAAACACGUCGGAGCGCAAAGCGGCCAUGUCUGCAGCCCAGCAGUUCAUCAAGGACAAGGGCUACUCCAAUAAGACACAGAUCCAGGUCCUACCAGCAGGAGGCGAGACCACUUUGUUCAAGCAGUUCUUCAGUGACUGGAAGGACAAAGACCAGACCACGGGCCCCACCAAGGCUUACGCCAUCGGCCGCAUCGCCAAGGUGGAGAAGGUGCCCUUCGAUGCCUCCACCCUCCACACCAACCACAGCAUGGCCGCCCAGCACGGCAUGGUGGACGAUGGAAAGGGCAAAGUCCAGAUCUGGCGCGUGGAGGGUGGCGAUAAGGUGGCUGUAGACGCCUCCUCCUAUGGACAGUUCUUUGGAGGCGACUGUUACCUCAUCCUCUACAGCUACAAGCUAGGAGGCAGGGAGCAACACAUCAUUUACACCUGGCAGGGGCUGAAGUGCACACAGGAUGAGCUGGCAGCCUCUGCCUUCCUGACUGUGAAGCUGGACGACUCUAUGGGUGGAGCGCCUGUCCAGGUGCGCGUGACCCAGGGCCAGGAGCCGGCACACCUGAUGAGUCUGUUCCAGGGGAAGCCCAUGGUGGUCUACAUGGGAGGGACGUCCCGUAAAGGAGGCCAGGCAAAAAGUGCCGCGACGCGCCUCUUCCACAUCCGUCAAUCCUCCAGCCGCGCCACCCGGGCUGUAGAGGUGAAGCCUCUGGCCUCGUCCCUGAACACCAACGACGUGUUUGUGCUAAAAUCUCCAGGCGGCACGUUUGUGUGGAGUGGUGUGGGAGCCAGCGAGGAGGAAAUGGCCGCAUCCAAGCACAUAGUGGCCACCCUGGGUGGCAGUGCCAGUAAUGUGUCUGAGGACAAGGAGCCAGAUGGGUUCUGGUUGGCCCUUGGAGGAAAGAAUGAGUACCAGAGCUCCAAGAGCCUGCAGAAGACGGUCAAACCCCCACGCCUCUUUGGCUGCUCCAACAAGACCGGACGCCUUAUUGUGGAAGAGGUUCCCGGGGACUUUCAGCAGACCGACCUGGCCACCGAUGAUGUCAUGUUGCUGGACACCUGGGACCAGAUCUUCAUCUGGAUUGGCAACGAGGCAAAUGAUGAGGAGAAGACCGGUGCGCCAAAAAUAGCUAAGGAUUAUGUGGACUCAGACCCUUCUGGACGCAAAGGACUGCCGAUUGUCUCCAUCAAGCAAGGGGCUGAGCCCCCAACCUUCACUGGAUGGUUCCAGGCAUGGGAUCACAAAAUGUGGGAAACAGACCCUUUGGAUAAGAUUCGUAGCCAGUUCUAAAUGCCAGCCGCUCCAGACCCCCCCCCCCCAGCCCCCCCCCCCCGAACCGUACGUGCCAAUGUGACCACGCCCAUUGCCAAUUCGACCACGCCCAUGCCACUGCUGUUUCAGAUUGGAUCAAAAAGCCACUAUCACUCCCUGUAUCUCUGUGGCAGCUUCUCUUCCCUAACAGUGCUGUGCAGUGGUAUUUCACUCUAGUUUCAGAGGGUCCUUCAUACUGUCGCUUUUCGAACAUUUACUUGGUAUGUCUUUUUUGUUUUCGGUUGGAGCAAAGACGAACUACGUCUUUAUGCGAGGCCUGUUGUUUACUUUGGCAGUUCAUUGAAUCCAACUGCUGUUUUGUUGCACUUUGUUUUCCUUUUGUGAAGUCAUGACAUGUGAUGCCACAUAGACUUGCAUCUUAUUUGAUGCAUGCUGCAUUUUAACAGGAUAUAUUUAGUACCAGUCAAAAGUUUGUUUCUGAAUAUUCAUGUAAACGGGUAAGUGUGUCUAAAGUUUUGACUGGUACUGCAUAUCUAGGGGAAUUAUGUCUGCUUUUUUCUACCUUAUUAUUGAUGAUUCUGAAAGGCUUUUGUUUUUGGCUUUUAAAUAAAUGUCUGAAGGAUUGUG